UCCCUGUAGAGGUCAUUUGCAUACUGUAUAGUGCUAGAUAAAAGGGGAUAGAGACAGGGAAGUAGAGAAGAGAGAGAGAGAGCAGCCUCAGAGGGAAGAGGGGUCUAUUAAGUGGGGGUUGCCAUAACGACGCUUUGGCAGGAUAUUGCCUGGAUAAGGCAUAAUGGGUCUCCUGACACAACUCGGUCUGCUCCUGUGGAAGAACUUCACUCUUCGGAAGAGACAAAAGGUGCGUCUGGUGGUGGAGCUGUUGUGGCCUCUCUUUCUGUUCUUCAUCCUGGUCUGGGUGAGAUCAACCACCCAACCCAUUUACCAGGGCGAAUGUCAUUAUCCAAAUAAAGCCAUGCCUUCCGCCGGGGUGCUGCCUUGGCUUCAAGGCAUGAUGUGUAACAUAGACAACCCAUGUGUAAACCAUUCCACACCGGGAGAAGCACCGGGACAAGUCAACAACUUCAACAAUUCCAUAAUUGCUGGGAUGUUGAUCGAGUUACAGUCACUUCUGGCGAACAGAUCCAUCAUAACCAAGAUCCAGAUGCUUUCCGAUGAUGUGGACCAGUGGGUUUUGAUUCUACGGACAUCUAACCGUGAAAAAGGUCAGCCCAUUCCUCUGAGAAGUAUCCUGAAUGACAAUGAAAUGUUCACCACAUAUCUGAGGGAAAACUUGUCCAUGCCAUCGACGGUAGCCGACGGUCUGAUUACCUCAAAUAUUCGCCUGAAUGAGAUGAUGGGCAUUUCAAGGCAAGACGAUCUGAGGAUCACCCUUUGCAGUGGAACAGCUCUUGAUAGAUACGUGGAAUUCAACCGCGCCUUUGACAAGGAGGCCUUUCAGAACGUCAGCUGCUCCCUCACAGCGCAGCAGUUGAGACAAACCAGAGAAGUGUUCCUACAAAACCUGGAUCCAAGGAAAAUGCUCACCAAUCUACCUUCAGCUUUGGAUUUGGCUCCGUCCGAGACCUUUGGAUUAGUGAGAAAAACUACAGAGGAUGCCUUAACCGUGAUUGAUGAGAUAAACAAGUUGCAGAACUCAAUGUUGUUCAAGGCCGCUGAUAGGCUGGAUUUCAGAGCAGAUGCAUUUGGCAGUCUGAACAUCCUACUUUGCGGUAAAGUGUCAAACUCCAAGACCACCAUGAAUUUCCCUGCUUUUGGAGCGAUGAGGAAUGACACAGAAAACAUGGCCAGGAGCAGCAAUUCCAGUGCCUUCUGCAAAGUACUGAUUGACACUCUUGAGGGAACCCCUGGCCUACGUAUUGUUUGGAGAACAUUUCGGCCCCUAAUCCAAGGGAAGAUCCUCUACACCCCUGACACACCUGCAACUAGACUAAUGGUGAACGAGGCAAAUAGGACUUUAAACGCAUUGGCCAUGUUGAAAGAGUUGUUGGAAGCUUGGGAGAAUUUUGGUUGGAACUACUUUCAAAAUGGCCCCCAAGUCAGUGCACUGCGGGCCUUUCUGGAUAACCCGGUGUUUGCAGCCGCACUCAACCACAGACUCGAAGGCACAAGAUGGACGGAAGAACUGCUCGCCAACUUCCUGUACAACGGGCCCCCUGAGGACCGCCCCGCGGGCAUGCCGCCGAAUGACUGGCGCGACGUGUUCAACGCCACCAGCCAAAUCCUGGACCUCCUGAAGAAGUUCAUUGGGUGCCUGGACCUGGAUAAGUUUGAGGCUGUUGACAGUGAGGGACAUCUCGUGGCUAGAGCCUUGGAGCUUCUAGAAAACGAUACGUACUGGGCUGGUAUAGUUUUCGAAGACCUUGACCCUGCCGCCAGCCACCCCCCUCCUUACGUCAAGUACAAGAUCCGCUUGGACAUCGAUGAGGGGGAGAGUACCAAUAAGAUUAAAGAAAGGGGAUGGUCUCCCGGGGCCCGUGACUCCUUCAACAACCUGCGCUAUAUAUGGGGAGGCUUCGCCUAUCUGCAGGACAUGAUGGACCACGGCAUUAUACGGGUGCACACGAACAAAUCACAGCCGCUCGGCGUGUUUGCCCAGCAAAUGCCGUAUCCCUGCUACGUGGACGACGUGUUCCUCCGCUCGCUGGCACGCUCUCUGCCCCUAUACUUGACCCUGGCCUGGAUCUACUCGGUGGCCAUGAUCGUGAAGGGCAUCGUUAUGGAGAAGGAGGCGCGUCUGAAGGAGACGGUGAGGAUGAUGGGGCUGAGGAGCUCUACCUACUGGCUGAGCUGGGCCGUGUCCAGCGUGCUGCCGCUGGCUGUCAGUGCGUUCCUCCUCACCCUCAUCCUCAAGUAUGGGAAGGUGCUGCAGUACAGCGACCCCUCAGUGAUCUUCGUCUUCCUGCUGGUCUUCUGCGUGGCCACCAUUAUGGAGUGUUUCUUCAUCAGCGUCUUCUUCUCCAAGGCCAACCUGGCGGCGGCGUGCGGAGGCCUCAUCUACUUCGUCCUCUACCUGCCGCACCUCCUCUGCUAUGCCUGGAGGGACGUCAUGGGGUUCCAGGUCAAAAUCGCUGUGAGUUUGCUGUCGUGCGUGGCCUUCGGGUAUGGCUGUGAGAACUUUGCCAAGUAUGAGGAGCAGGGCAUCGGUAUUCAGUGGAGUAACAUCGCCCAAAAUCCUGAAGACGGAGACCGGUAUAGCUUCAUCGUGUCCAUCAUCAUGAUGCUAGUCGACUCCCUCAUCUACUGGCUGCUCACGUGGUACAUCGAGAACGUCUUCCCAGGCCAAUACGGAAUAGCAAAGCCAUGGUACUUCCCAUUCACCGCCUCCUAUUGGUGUGGGACUUCAACGGCGCCCAGUGCUGACCCCAGUCAGUUCAAGGACCCCAUUGAAUACACCGGUUAUUUGGAAAAGCCACCACUCAAUAUGAAGGCAGGGGUCUCAAUCAGGAACCUUGUCAAGAUCUAUAAAACUGGGAAAAAGCUUGCAGUGGAUGGACUAACUGUGGACUUCUUUGAGAAUCACAUCACCUCUUUCCUUGGUCACAAUGGGGCAGGAAAAACAACCACCAUGUCGAUCCUGACGGGACUCUUCGCUCCGACGUCGGGGACCGCUCUAAUAAACGGUUAUGAUAUCCGCACAGACAUGGACACCAUUAGGAAGCAUCUGGGAAUGUGCCCUCAGCACAAUGUCUUAUUCAAUGACCUCACAGUGGAGGAACACAUCUACUUCUACUCCAGAUUAAAGGGACGAAGCCGAGAUGAAGUGAAAACGGAGAUUGACCAAAUGAUUGAGGAUGUCGGGCUGCCACACAAACGCAAGGAAUUUGCCAAGAACCUGUCAGGGGGAAUGCAGAGGAAAUUGUCGGUGGCAAUCGCAUUCGUGGGAGGGUCCAACAUCGUCAUCCUGGAUGAACCCACAGCGGGGGUGGACCCAUACGCCCGGAGGGGGAUAUGGGAACUACUGUUGAAGUACAAACAAGGUCGCACAAUCAUCCUCUCCACUCAUCACAUGGAUGAGGCGGACAUCUUGGGAGACCGCAUUGCCAUUAUCUCUCACGGCAAGAUGUGUUGCUAUGGCUCCUCCUUGUUCUUGAAGAAAUACUUUGGCAGUGGCUACUACCUCACUCUGGUCAAGGCCGGAGACGGGCAAAUGACCAACCAGUGCACUGGAGUCGAGCAGCGCCAGGUGAAAGAGGAGACUGGUGAGUCAAUGAGGAGAACCAGUCUGGUUGAAGGGAUCGCACAACAGAACUGGAGUAACUCUGAACCCACAGAUGUCAGUAAGGUGGUGUGCCGGCAUGUUCCCGAGGCGGUGUUCCUCGAGAGCAUCGGCCAGGAGAUCACCUACAUCCUUCCCUAUGGCGGGGCCAAGGAUGGCACCUUUGCACUCCUCUUCAAAGAGCUGGACCUCAAGAUGGCCGACAUUGGUGUCACCAACUAUGGCAUCUCAGAUACCACACUAGAGGAGAUUUUCCUCAAAGUGGCAGAGGACACAGGUGUUGAUGUGGAAAUACCAGAUAUCAACACAGCUUUGGUAAGAGACAAGACAAGAAGUUCAAGGGAAUCCAAGAGGCAACGGCAAAGCCUCACCAAAGUCAGAGACACUUCAGACGAAAUGCCUGGGAAAAGUGUUGAUGACGAGAUGAAAGUGAAGUUCACUAGCAGAGUGGAGGAUGUGGAGAGAGUGGCCAAUGUGAAUGGGAAGGGCUCCAGUGUGAUCACGGGAUGGGAACUGAUCCGGAGACAGUUCCUGGCCCUCUUCAUCAAACGCUUUCACCACGCACGCAGGAGCCGCAAAGGCCUCAUUGCUCAGGUGAUUCUGCCUGCUGUCUUCGUCUGCCUGUCUCUCAUCUUCUCCGUCAUCGUCCCACCUUUUGCGGAGUACCCCAACCUGGAGUUGCAGCCUUGGAUGUAUGGACUGCCCCAAACGACAUUCUACAGCAAUGAUGGACCGCCAAAUAACACCGAGGUUGCUCGGGUGGCGGACUCUUUGGUGAAUAAUCCUGGGUUUGGGACUCGCUGCAUGGCCAACAACCCGAUACCAAAUCUCCCAUGUGUCCCGAAUGAUUCUAAGUGGUUCACUCCCACAGUGGAUCCCUCUAUCAGCAACAUCUUCGUCAACGGAAACUGGAGCAUGGCCAACCCUUCCCCUAACUGCCAGUGCAGCACUCCUCAAAAGACCACCAUGUUGCCAGAUUGCCCACCUGGAGCUGGUGGGCUGCCUCCCCCUCAGAGGACCCAGAAUACCACAGACACACUGCAGGACAUGACGGGGCGGAACAUGACAGACUUCCUUUUAAAGACCUACAAGGAAGCAGGCAGAAAAAGGUAUGGAGGGAUUUCUGUCGGAGGGGUCAACUCCCAAGUCAGGAUGACUGAACCGGAAAUAGAAGCUGUGAUCAGGGAUUUGAGGAGCCUAUUAAAUUCCUCCCAGGAUAACACAACCAAUCAGAUGCUCCUGAAUACCGAGAUGCUCCUGAAAGAGCUCGGGACCCGGGAUAAUGUCAAGGUGUGGUUCUACAACCAGGCGUGGCAUGGUAUUGUAUCGUUCCUCAAUGUGGCCAACAACGCCAUCCUGAGGGGCAACCUGCCGCCGGGUCAUGACCCCAGGGAGUAUGGAAUCUCCUCCUCCAGCCACCCCCUCAACCUCACCAAGGCUCAGCUUUCCUACCAGGCAAUGGCCGCCACCUCCACCGAUGUGGUGGUGUCCAUCUGUGUCAUCUUUGCCAUGUCCUUCAUCCCAGCAAGCUUCGUCCUCUUCCUCAUCCAGGAGCGUGUCAGCAAGGCCAAGCACUUGCAGUUUGUCAGUGGCGUCAACCCGACCGUCUACUGGGUCGCCAACUUCGCCUGGGAUAUUUGCAACUACAUAGUCCCGUGUCUAAUAGUCAUCGUCAUCUUCCUGUGUUUCCAACAAAAAGCCUACGUGUCCCUUCCUAACUUACCAGCUUUGAUUCUGCUACUGAUGAUGUAUGGGUGGUCUAUCACACCCAUGAUGUACCCAGCCUCGUUUAUCUUCAACGUUCCCAGCACGGCCUACGUGGUGCUGACCUGCAUCAACCUCUUCAUCGGCAUCAAUGGGAGCGUGGCCACCUUCGUCAUGGAGUUGUUCGCUGAUGAUAACAUCUCGAAAAUCAAUGGUAUUGUGAAGCAGGUGCUGCUGAUUUUUCCACACUUCUGUCUGGGUCGAGGGCUCAUCGACAUGGGCAAGAACCAGGCUAUGGCCACCUUGUACGAUAGCUUUGGGGAAGACCGUUACCAGGACCCCCUCAGCUGGGACAUGGUAGGGAAGAACCUCUGUGCCAUGGCCAUCCAGGGGGCAGUCAUGUUCACCAUCACUCUCCUUAUCCAGUAUAAGUUCUGCUGCAAACCCAGACUGAUUUCUGGAGAGUCAUUCUCCAAGGAGGAUGAAGAUGUGGACGUGGCACGGGAACGUGCACGCAUCCAUAAAGGUGGCUCAGAGAAAGACCUGUUGAGAAUCUGCGAUCUUUCUAAGGUGUACUCGGGGAAGAAGAUUCCUGCUGUGGACAGGGUGUGUGUGGGCGUUCCAGCCGCAGAGUGCUUUGGACUUCUGGGGAUUAACGGGGCAGGAAAAACCACCACCUUCAAGAUGCUGACGGGGGACAUCUCCAUCUCCGGAGGGGAGGCCUUCCUAAACGGAUACAGCAUACGGACAGAGAUGAGGGACGUUCACCAGAACAUGGGCUACUGCCCGCAGUUUGACGCCCUCAACGACCUUCUCACCGGACGAGAGCACCUGGAGUUCUACGCCAGACUACGAGGCGUACCGGAGAAAGAAGUCCCCAUGGUGGCAGAGUGGGGCAUCCAGAAGCUAGGCCUGGUCAAAUACUCCAACAAGUCAGCCGGUACCUACAGUGGAGGGAACAAACGCAAGCUCUCCACCGCCAUGGCUCUGAUUGGCUGUCCUCCUGUGGUCUUCCUGGAUGAGCCAACAACAGGGAUGGACCCCAAAGCCAGACGCUUCCUGUGGGACUGCAUCCUGAGUGUCAUCAAAGAGGGACGCUCAGUCAUCCUAACAUCACACAGCAUGGAGGAGUGUGAGGCCCUAUGCACGCGCAUGGCCAUCAUGGUGAAUGGACAGUUCAAGUGUCUGGGCAGCAUCCAGCAUCUUAAGAGCAGGUUCGGAGAAGGCUACACUGUGAUCGUGAGGGUGGGCGGCUCGCCCCCCGCCCUGGGCCCCGUGGAGGAGUUUGUCCACGAGACCUUCCCUGGUAGCGUACUGAAGGAGAAGCACCACAACACGCUGCAGUACCAGCUCCCCCACAGCGAGGGCGCUCUGGCCAGCAUCUUCAGCCAUUUCACCACUCAUCAGCAGAGGCUGGGUGUGGAGGACUACUCUGUCUCCCAGACCACUCUGGAUCAGGUCUUUGUCAACUUUGCGAGGUACCAACAGGAGGAGGACAAUCAAGCCCUGCAAGCUUAUGACAACAAAGUGGACGUGUCCGACGAAAUGCCAAUGGAAACUCGGAUCUCAACCGACUCAACUAUACCAGAGAGCGUCUGAGUCACUUCCGAUUCCAUCCCUCAAUCACAAGCACGGUUUAUCUCCGGUCAAAGCUUGUAGAUAGCUUUUGUAUGUUUUACUUGUGCCAUCUGCCAUGGCAUUUUUGCUAUGUUAUUAUUCAAAUGUUAAACGUGAACAACACAUCUAAUGGAAUUCAACACCUAGCAUAAAAAUGUGAUUGGUCUACCUGCAUCAGAGGAGUGCGAGGUCAUCAAUGUUUAGAUUAGAUACUGUUAUUUUCGGGAAUUGCUUGAUUAUGAAACAGAUUUUCGUCAGACCCUGUCCUGUUUGCCAAAUGAUAUGGCGAGGAAACAUCUCUUCCUCAAAGGUCAACACAUUGAUUCUAUUAUGUUGCCCCUCGACAUUCUCUUACGAUUGUUGUUGCAAUUGUUUCACUACUGAUAAAACAGUGAAUGCUACCCAAAUGGUACCCUAUUCCUUGUACAGUGCACUACGUAGGUACAGAUCCCUAUGGAUCUUCCAGGAGCAGAUAUUUACAUGUUAUCCUCUCCUUCAUUCCAAAAUUAGUAUGGCGGCCCUACUUUAUGAAGAAUAAAUAUUUGUUUCCAUUUGACAACCCAGGUAGAUAUGCGUAUAAUAUAACUAUAUUUGGAGAAAAUGCCGGUAGUUUUUAACAAUGGUGAAACCACCAAACACUUUGCCAGUAACAUAAUGGUUUAUUUUUGACAAUACACACAUAGACGCGCAUAUAUUACAGCUAUAUUGAGAGUGUGAGUAGUCCUUUUUUAACAAUGAUGAAACCACACCAAGCACUUCGUCAAUUUGCCUACAUUACCUUGCAAGUGGAAUUAGCACUUUCUAAUGCAAAUAAAUUCUCUGUAUGUUCAAAGUAAACUAGGGUUUACUUUGAGAGCCCAAUGUCAUUUGUAUGCUGUUCAAUGUCUCCUGUAUUACUAUCUUGUUCAUUGCAAAGAAUAAGGAAUCCCAUUUGUACUGAAUAUUGCUUUAUUCCAGGACAGAUGAUUAAACAUUUGCACAAAUUGGCAAGUGACUAGAAGUUGAAUUUGUAGAUCCCCAGCUUUAUUUCCUCCGGGAUUCAUUGGGCCCUGUUUGGGAGUCACUUUUAGCCACUUGAGAGAUAUGUGGCAGCCACUUUUAACUUCUGACUCAGCUGCUUGAAUAAGUGCAUCGUUAUUUUAUUCUUUAACUCUUUUUAAAUCUAUCUUUGUUGUGUAACUCACAAGUGCAGCAUUUCAGCUUUGACAAAGAACUGUGCAAAUGGUUUGAUGGUGAGUUACUUGUUUACAGCCAAGUGGAAAGUAGUUUACUAUAAUAAACAGACAUGCUUUUUUAUCUUCCCCCUGCUACCUUUUUAAAAUAUUUUUUAUUCAAACACCAAGUUCCCUCAAAAUACGUUUUAUUCCGUUUUAUUAACAGCAUUUAGAUGUGUCAAAAGAGCAUCAAAACACUACAUUUUUCUUUCUCAAUGUGCACGUAAACUAUGAAAACCAUGAAUAAACAAUUUUGACAGUUA